ACUCCUUCAACUGUAUUCCACAACCAUCCAGUGAGCUUUCCAUAGCAAAAUAUAUUGAAACAUACAUCUGUCCAUCUCAUUGUCAUUGCACCUUGCACUUUCCAUCAAUCGACACUGGACAGCUUGAUCAUUCCACAACCUAAGUCUUGUCACAACUUACAAGUUUUGAUUCAAAUUCUUGUAUGUUGUCCCUCCAGAUAAUUACAAUCCAGAUUAUUUCUAAAUGCACCCUUGAACCUAGCUGGUACUUUCAGUUGGUUCAUUGCAUCUUGCUGCAUAUCACAACUUUCAUCAAUGAGCGAUGAUCAAUUUCUUGAAGGAACUUGGGCGAGGCUGGCCCAGGUCAUUGUCAAGGGUGCUCAAUAUAACUCCCACAAAUGUCAGCCCCACCUGAAAUGUUUGGAUGGGACCUGGGUUGAUCUCCUCAAAUACAUCCAUGAAUCACUGGACAACCCAAAGAAGAAUCAACUCAUUUGGCUGCAUGGCACAGCUGGUAUCAGAAAGUCUGCCGUUGCAUUUACAGUUGCUGAAAAGAUGAGAGGUCUAAAAGUGACAGAAGAGAUGAAGGUUGAAAAGUGGCUAGUGGGAACAUUCUUUUUCUCAUGCAAGCACACAAACCACUGCACAGCUGGAUGUUUCUUUGCAACACUUGUUUAUCAGCUUGGCACCAAUUUUCCAAGUAUCCAGCAGGAUGUGAACAGAGUGAUUUGCAGCAAUCCUGCUCUACUAGACCCUGACAUGCCUCUCUGUGACCAAAUGGAAGCUCUCUUUCUCCAACCUCUCCAGAAACUUUGA